AUGGACGAUGAAAUCCCUGACCUUGUCGACAUCGGUGGCUCUGCUCACCCGCCAGACGUGCCUUCAGACUCAACACCAUUGAGAAAGGUACCCAUUACCAUUGUAACAGGCUACCUAGGUGCAGGCAAAACGACACUGCUGAACCAUAUUCUCACGGCCAACCAUGGCAAGAAAAUUGCAGUCAUUUUAAACGCAGAAUUUGGCAACACCGCCGACAUCGAGAAGGCUCUGACCGUAAGUCAAAACAACCAAUCCAGCACCGAAUGGAUCCCGUUGGCCAACGGCUGCAUAUGCUGCAGCGUUAAGGACAGCGGAGUAGCUGCUCUGGAAUCUCUGGUGGAGCGGCAGAGGGAUUUUGACUAUAUAUUGCUCGAGACCACCGGAGUUGCGGACCCGGGAAACAUCGCCCCGAUGUUCUGGUUGGACGAAGGGUUGGGCAGCAGCAUCUACCUUGACGGGAUUGUGACCGUUGUCGACGCAAAGAACAUCCUGAGGAGCCUGGACGAGCCGAUACCCAAUGAAUUGCCGGCGUCGGAAACGGACAAGGAGGCACCACUCACUCCCGACGAGCGUCACCACCAUCAAUCUCCGCUACUCACUACCGCGCAUCUCCAAAUCUCUCACGCCGACGUGAUCAUCUUGAACAAGGCAGAUCUAAUCUCCGAGCCAGACCUAUCCGAUAUCGGUUCACGUAUCUUCUCUAUCAACAGCCUUGCUCGCCUCUUCUGCACCACUCACUCCCGCAUCGACGAGCUCAGUGGCACAGUGCUCGACCUGAACGCGUAUUCAACAUUUCCUAAUACGCACUCUCCGCAUUUCUCCUUGAAAGGCCAUUCACACCUUGACCCCACAAUCUCGACUCUUACUCUGCCUUUGCGAGCAAUCGACCCCCAAGAGCUACCGGUGCUGCAAGACUGGCUAGAGACGCUGCUCUGGGAGGCUGAGGACCGCCAGGAAGGCCAGUUGCGCAAAUAUGAGAUCCACAGAACGAAAGGAUUGGUUUUGAUCACUGACGGUACCAUCCGAGUUGUCCAGGGUGUCCGAGAUAUCUUUGAGAUCAUCCAGCCGCCAACGCCGGGUGAUGGUACAGAUGACGGCGAAGCAAGCAAGCAACAAGGUAGAAUCGUCUUGAUUGGACGAAACCUGGAUCUCGUCUCUGGAGCUGGCCCUAUUCCAUUCACUUCGUGA